UCAGCCCAAAAAUUAAAUCAGUCUUUCUCAAACUUGGUGAGAAAUAGCAGAAGAAAGAGAAAAGGAAAGGAAAAAAAAGGAAGAACAGUAAUCGUAGAAAGAGUAAAAGGGUGUUGAUUUGGCGCUUACAGUAAUCUACACGAAAAGUAGUAAUCAGCUGGAGUAAAAAAUGGAGUCGAGGAGAGUAACGAAGACGCUGGAAGAUCAAUGGAUGGUGGAGCAUCAAGUUCGGGAGAUAUACGAUUUUUUCUACAGCAUUCCUCCCAAUUCCCAGUCCGUAAUCUUAGAGCUUCAACGUGAUAAGCACUUCGAUUAUCUCACUCGAGGUCUCAGAAAACUUGGUCCGUCGUUCUCCGUCUUGGAUGCUAAUCGACCAUGGCUUUGCUACUGGAUACUUCAUUCAAUCGCUUUGUUGGGAGAAUCUAUUGAUGCCAAACUGGAAAAUGAUGCAAUUGACUUUUUGAGCCGUUGCCAGGAUAAAGAUGGUGGCUAUGGCGGUGGACCUGGUCAGAUGCCUCAUCUCGCAACAACUUAUGCUGCAGUCAAUUCACUCAUAACUUUGGGCUGCCCUAAAGCUCUGUCAUCAAUCAAUAGAGAAAAAUUGUAUGCCUUUUUGCUGCGAAUGAAAGACACAAGUGGUGGCUUCAGGAUGCAUGAUGGUGGAGAAGUGGAUGUUCGUGCCUGUUAUACUGCCAUUUCUGUUGCAAGUAUAUUGAAAAUUGUGGAUGAUGAGCUGAUUAAUGGUGUUGGAAAUUACAUCCUAAGUUGUCAGACUUAUGAAGGUGGAAUUGCUGGCGAACCAGGUUCUGAAGCUCAUGGUGGGUAUACUUUCUGUGGGUUGGCUGCAAUGAUUCUGAUUAACGAAACGAAUCGAUUGGACUUGCCAAGAUUAAUUGAUUGGGUGGUAUUUAGACAAGGAGUCGAAGGUGGAUUUCAAGGCAGGACAAAUAAAUUAGUCGAUGGCUGCUAUUCCUUUUGGCAGGGCGCGGUAGCUUUUCUUAUACAAAGAUUAAAAUCGAUAGUCCAUGAACAACUAGGGCUGUCAAAUGAACUCAGUACAGAAAGUGCUGAUGAUUCUUCAGAGUCAGAGUUAUCUGAUGAAGAAGAGCAUUUGGAAGGGACAUCAUCUCAUGUUCAGAAGACUUGCCCUCUCCGACAAGAAGGACAGGAAAAUGCUUCAGAUCCCACAAAGAUAGCAGAUACUGGAUAUGAUUUUGUCAAUCGACGCAUAGCUAUGCGACCUGUCUUUGACAGCUUUUAUCUGCAGCAAUACGUUCUUCUCUGCUCCCAGAUUGAUGGAGGUUUCAGAGACAAACCUGGGAAGGGUAGAGACCACUACCAUACGUGUUACUGUUUAAGUGGUCUUUCAAUUGCGCAGUAUAGCUGGACCAACGAAGCUGAUGCUCCACCAUUACCCAAGGAUGUAUUUGGUCCUUAUUCUCAAAAUCUCUUGGAACAGAUUCACCCACUGUACAACGUAGUGUUGGAUCGGUAUUAUGAAGCUCGCAGAUUCUUCUCAUGCUUGUGAGAAUAUUUCACAGGAUAGCUGUAGCUGAAAUGUUACCACUAGUUCAGAAUCAAAGACUAAUCUAUAAUUUAGACGCAUUGGAUUGAGAAUAGUUGUGAUCGAUUAUACAUACAAUUUUGUUUUUCGCUUAUGUAUACACGGUUCGCGUCGAAAGCACUAAGUUCGGUUGAACCCGUUGAACCAUCUCUAGAUCCGCCUCUAAAAUUAGAAACUCACUAAAAUUAUCAGCGGGGAAUUGCAUAUGCAUGUUAAGUGGCUAUGAUCUACGAAGCUGGAAGCUGGUGAUUAGUGAUCUUAAAUUUCAUUUUUGGAAAGAAAUCAUCUGUCACUUGUUAUCAGGCU